AUGCCCCACCAAACGAUCCGGGAGUCCACGCUUUUUGGCAAACAGGCGCCAGACCCAAAAGGCUGGCUCACCUCGGCGAGUCUCAAGACGCUUUUGUUCAGCUCUUACUUCAAAGGCCUGCGCAUCCUCAUUUUUGGGGCCACUCUGAUCAUCGUGACGGUUGCCGUUCACGAGUGGGUCACCAAGGACGAAGGGUUCUCAAAAAUUAUUGAACACAACAUUGGGCCCGAAUUCACAGCGCAAAAGAUUCUCCAGAUGCUCCAGCAGCCAAGAAAUGAGAUCCCAAGACGGCCCGAGACACAUCUUCCGCGUGCCCUUGAUCCUGCCGUGCAGGACGAGCAGGACGAAAGAGUCGACGAAAACGAUGAAGCCGACCGGCUCGCUCGCGACGAGUUGCUCAGACAGCUCCGUAUCGACAGAGCAAGAAACCAGAGAGAGCAACGGCGCAUCCGGCAAAUGCAAGAAUGGCAGGAGGAGCAGCGCAGACAGCAGCUUGGAGGCGGCGAGAACGUGUUUGUAGAGUUCUCGCUUACUCCGUUGUUUCUCAUCAAGGUGGCAUGGUUUCUCGAGCUCAUGGUGGUCGUGGUGCUGGGUGUUUUUUACUUCCUUCCCUCGCUGCUGGGAAUGAUUUCUCUCACCGCGAUUCACUCCCUGGUCGCGCUGUCCUACAGGCUGGUGUUGCACAUAGUCCAAAUGGCUGGCAUCAAGUUUACAUUUGAGUACAGCAGUCCUCUCACCUACCUGCCUUCUGUUGAUCUCUCCUCGCUCCAACAAAUCUAUUCUAAUAUCGUCAACUGGACUCCCGAAGCAGAAGUGUUGGAAAGGACGCUGGUCUUGGCUGCGGGCUAUUUCACGGUGGGGUCCGCAAUCGCCGCAAUUAUGCACCUGCUGGAGUCCGGAUGCUCGCCCGUGAACCCGCUCUCUCGUGGAUACCGGGCCAUAUACAUCGCGCUACUAGAAGUUGUUUGCACUUUGAAGGUGCUCUCCAUUUUCUGCAUUGAGCUGUUGAUCUUCCCUAUUUUCUGUGGAUUGCAACUGGACUUUGUGCUCGCUCCCGUCCUGACAGAAAACAGCUUCUUUGCCAUGUUCGACAUCAACUCGCCAUACAAGAGCGCGCUGCUUGUGCUUGGACUCGGAACUUACUUCAUGUACGUUUUUGCGUCCUUUGUCAGCAUGGCACGCAGCGAUAUCCUCAGAAAGGGCGUUCUAUUUUUCAUCCGGUCUCCAGACGACCCAAACGUCCGGCUUAUCCACGACGCCCUGAUGAAGCCGUUUGGGUUGCAAAUCUCCAGAAUUGCGCUUUCGGGGCUCGUUUAUACAAUCUACAUCGCCGUCGAGUUUGCCGCGGUCACCUGGGGUCUCAAGUACCUCGUUCCUUACAAGAUAUUCCCUAUUCGAUACACAAUAUCCGGCAUUUGGUCGGUCAUCCCUCCUCUGGUCAGAUCCAUCGCGACACAACCGUCGUUCGCGAAACUUUUCCGUGCAUACUGGCAAAUGGCUUUCAGACAGUCGUGCUCGCUGCUUAGACUUUCGUCGUUCAUUCUGGGAGCUGAUGUGCCUGAGGAACGCGGCCACGUCGUGUAUAGGUCUUUGGUGUACCGUCUACUGGGCCACAAGCCGGAGUAUAACUCGCCAGUGCCGGAAACAGAGACCGCAGCUUACUUCCAAGAACACCCAGAGGCCACCUGCUGCUUUGUCCCUGACGGAACGUUUGUUCGCGCUCCUGACGACGACAACGUCUCUCGUUCCUUCAUCAGAAAGCUGUUUGUUCCUGUGACCAAGAACGAUGUGCCGUUGGCCCCUGUUCCCGACGACGAGGAUGAGACUGAGGCCAAAAACAACCCCUACGGAGACGAGGAGCUGGUCUCGAUCACCUCGUACACAAUCGUUUACCGGCCUCCUAAUUUCAAGCCGCGUAUAUUUGCGCUUUUGGGCUGUCUAUGGGCAUACUCAUUGGCGCUCGGCGCUCUUGUUUUCGGGGCAACCCUGUUGUUCGCCAGAGUGGUUUUGAGACCGGUGAAAAACACCAUGCUUCACAGACUAUUUUUCCAUCACGACGCAGAAACUCUGGACGCAAACGAGCUGUUUGUUGGCUUUGUCGCAUUGGCAGCAGCGGUUCGGUGUUUGAUCUAUUUUGCUGAUUACAAGUCCAGCGAAGAGCAGCAGGACCUCACUUCCUACAUAAAAAAAGGGCUCGACUCUGUUGUCCGUUUCGUGCGCUUCCACGUGCUGCCGACCUCCCGAAAGUUCGCUGCUCUUGUCCUGACGCCCUCUGUGUGCAUGCUUUCGACGGUGUUGCCCGUUGUUGCCUGCGCACCUGCCCUGACAGCCUUCGAAUCACGUGUCUACGAUAUCGGACCUCUGUGCGCUGCUUGGAUAUCCGAAAAGACACCACUGUACAGUGUUUCUCUCUUCCUGGCCUCUGUGGUCCAUGCUUACACACGUGCCGGAGGUGCGCUCGUCCAGACAUGGCAUGAGUUUAUGUUCAGGAGCCCUGGCUAUUUCAGCGUGCUGGCUGUGCAGCUGCUGGCCGUUGUGGCGUAUUAUGUGCUGGCGUACAGUUUCUGGGGCAACAAGAGCGUGCUGGAGUCAUUCGAGCUGGUUUACAAAGUCAUCUACACGCCAGACUAUGAGCCUGUGGAGGCAUGGACCAUUGUGUAUUUUACGUGGCUGCCAUGGAGUCUUUACACCUGGAGCAAGAUCGUUCGAGACUUCUGGAACUGGCUGAUCAUCACAGCGAAAAACCAGCAUUACGGGAAAAGAGUGUUCCUGACCAAUAACGAAGAGGAGGACCUCGAUUAA